UGUCAUUUCCCUCGGCCAGUUUAUCACGCUGAAUUUUCACCCAGUUUCCACAAUUUAUUUCCAAAGUUAGAAGUUAGACUAGGUUCGUUAAAAACUGGCCAGAUUGGUCAAAUAUCAUCUAGAAUUUGAUAAUGUCAGGUUCAUAUCCGCCACCAAUUCUCCCAAAGCUGGCAAGCGGCCUUCCUUUUAUAGCACCUAAACCAAGUAUGCCAGGCCAGGGUGUUAAUGGAAGUCACUCAGACCCAAACAAUAUGGAAGAAAAAGGAGAAAACGGAUCUAGCCCAGGUUCAAGAUCAUCUUCUGAAAUUUUCGACAUGGAUGCAGAUUUGGCCAGAAGGACAAGUCAACGCAAGCGCGCUAAAGUAUGUUUCACAGUUUGUCUUCAUUAUCUAAAAUUUGUCAUUCAUGAUAUAUUAUGCAACAUUCUUCACUUCACUGUCAACAAUACGGUUUUGUGUUGGGCUUUAGCCUUUUAAUUAAGGCUUCGGAUGAAAGUCUUGCUAGAGCAGAAAAGACUCAUCCGAGGUCUUUAGAAUCACGUUUUUAAAGGGAAAUUUCUCGUGACCUCCGAUCCAGGGACUCUAAAUUUAUGCAUCACACUAAAUAAUCUGUCAAAGCGUCGAUUCCUGAGUGGCUGGAAGCUCGUUGGAGUCACAUGGCCUUUGUUUUAGCGCAUUAUUUGAUAUGUUCCUUGUUAGCAUUUGCCAAACGUUCUUGAAUUAUGGUAAGCCAUAAAGUUGCAUAAACUUUGGAAACGCUUCGUUUCCUCUCGGAUGGGAGUAAAUGAGAGAUUUUCGACUAGAAAUGAAAGACAUACGUCACUCCGUAAACAAUGAAACUUUGUAAUCGCUAACACGCAACGGACGAAAGCUACAGAAAUAUUAAUUGAAACAUGCAUUCAGCUGGACUUUUAUACAGCGCAUUUGUUAUAUUUCAUUUGACCACUCUUUCAGGGUCCGCCGUCUGUCUCAUCUUAUAAAUCAGUUUAAUUUUUUUUUGGCUUUGCGGGCUAUGGAAUUGUUUACAUAUUUCAUGUGGGGUGGUCACGAGGCAAUGAAUUGUCCGCGAGAAGAAUGGGCGAUUUUCACUCGCUUUAUCGUUCAUUUAUUGUUCGCGUCGAGAUUUUCAGUUAAAAAGUUGAGAAAUCUGUCCGUCUUGGGGGAAUUCGAAUAAAGUCCUUCGCAUUUUUGGGAGAAUUCGCAGCGGAUGUUUCCUAAUUCAAUAUAAUGGAGGUAAGAUUCGUAAUAGAGUACCGUAGAAACUCCCUUCGCUGCAGUCGUUCCGUUCCGCGAAGCAUCCAACGGAAAGCUUGAAGUAAAACAAAAUUGUAUCUUUUGUCGAUAAAGCUUGGAUUUAAUAGUCCAGGGUGCAUGUUAAAGCUUAUUUUUCAUGGCAAAGCUUGGAACUGGGAAAGAUUGUCGAUUCAUUCAACGAAUUCGUCGCACAAGUUGCUUACAUGAUAGACACGUUUGUUCCAUGUGUUUUUGACGCUUCGCGAUGAAUAGAUCUCGGUUUUUUCUUUAGAUUCAAAUUAAAAUUAGCGAUUAUGUUUUUCCUCAGACUGAAAAGUCGUUUAAGGAAAUGACUGUGUGUUAGUUCUGCAGACUAAAAAACAAAUACAAUCUUGCUCUGGUCGUCUUUCUUCUGAUGACAAUAAUAUUGCAUAACAUUGUAAGGGAAAUUUUCGACUUGGAGCUUUACAAAUUUAUUUAUUUUCCGCUCAUUUGAAGAUUGUUGUUUAGAAUACUGACGAGUUCCUACAAUGUUUGUUUUAGUGUUCGUGUAAAUUUCUACAAAGUAAGACCUGUUUCAAAUGUGGUGCUACGGCUGUGCUAAGCUUGCUCCAGAUUUAAUAUCGAAAAUUAAUAAACAGUUUAGCCAACUUUACAAACGGUGAUGAGAGGAAGCAAAAUGAAUAAAUUGAAACCAGCCAAGAGGUAAAAUAUGUGCAAAAAAAAAGAAAGAAAACAAACUCAAAAUUACCAAAAAAAAAAAAAGAAAAUAACUUUCCUCUGGCGGGAGUCGAAACCCCAGACCAUUGAUAUGUUUGGUCAGCACCUUAACAAUUCAAAAAUACAUUUUAGGAAAAUAAGCAAGGUUUUGAUGGUAAAGGCUGUACCUUUCCUUCGCGUUAUUAUAGAACUAAGGGCCUGUUUACAUGGAGGUGAGGGAGCCCAGGUAGGUGAGGUAACUCGCUUAGGUGGGGUAACCUGCCUGUCCAUAUAAUCUAUCAUUUUAAUUUGAUCACGUUUACAUGAUAGGUGGGGUGACCCGCCAAGGCGGUAGCCCGGUCUUCCAGACCGGGUUACCCACUCAGCCGUGGUCGAAUUUUGCCAUGUGAACGUUUCAAGGUGAGGUAACCCGCCUGGCCGGGGUCAGAUUCGUAAUACAUCAAAUUAGCACGAAAUUCACUUUGGCGGUGGCUUUGCAUCAUCAUGAAAGUUAACAAUAGAAAGCCAUUGCACUGAAGGUUGCAGCAAGAGCAACAAGUGAGUGUAGGUAGAAGUGCAUUAAUCGCAAAAACUCGUGGUUUGCCAGCAUUUUUCUUGUUUUAUGUGCUUAGCGACCAUUCAAUAAUCUUGAGAAAGUGCACCCCGGGAUGGCGGGGUUGUAUGAUUGCAUGUAAAGGAGGGUUAUUUUUUCACCCCACCUAAGCAGUUUACCUCACCUACCUGGGGUCCCCCACCUCCAUGUAAACAGGCCCUAAAAAGCUGUCAUUUUUGCACUAGGUUGAAUAUACUGAAGUUGAUGUGAAAUUGGCAAAUCUGACAGAUGAUGAGUUAUCUGAUGAUGAAAUCAUUCAAAGAACCACAUCAAGGUUGUCACCCAGCAUGGAAGUUGAUGAUCAACCCGAUGAAGAAGAAGAGGAAGAUGAUGUGCCAAAAGGUUGGUAGUCUUGUUUUGCAAGUUACCACAAACAACCAGUGUUCUCCUUAUCAGGCGGUAACCGGUAAAAUUUACCGCCUGAAGCAACACUUCUUACCGCCUGCAACUGCUUAAUUAACUAAUUUUUUAAAAAAAAUAUGCAAGUUGUGAUCCGAUCCGAUCCUCACAAGAAAAUGAAUGAAUAUAUGGAAAAGUAGACCUACCUAAGUACAAAACGUACAGCCCAAAAAUAAUGCGAGUGCAGGAACUUCUUUUUGCGUCCGCAAGCUGCAACUUCGUGCGGCUUUUUGCAGGGCGCUUGCGCUUGAAUCCAGCAAGACGUAAGAACUUCUUUUGCGGUAAAAAUUUAACUAGAAGAAUUUCUUUGCUGAGGGAUUUUCGAAACCGCAGCGCAACAACUUCUUUCAGUGCGGUAAGAUUGCUGCAGACAAGUGAAAAUUUAUUAUGUCAACAAAAUAGCUGUGCCGCUUUCUGUAUUUGUCAGCGGAUCACUAAUCUAUACUUUAGGCACAUAGUUUUGAACAUUCAAAACUCUAAAACUGUUUCGUUCCUGCUGAUUUGCAAUGACAGGAAUGUAUAGAUAACAAGUGUAAACAAAAAAGAUAAACUAAAAAUACUUUCAUGUUUCAUGAUCGGUGAAUUUAGAAACGGUAUAUACAAAAUCAUCUUGUGCAAAGCUAACCUUUUAAGCGAGGAAAUGUGUACAAUUUCGAUAAAAAAAGCAGGGCUUCAAAAAAUAGGGAACGAUCGUAGUACGUUUCGCAAAAGAGCCGUGUAAUUUGAGACCACACGUGCAACUGUGUCAACUUAAAGUGCUCUUGGAAAAAAAAAAUGCUAAAGUAAAGUAAGGAAUAUUUUCACUAAAGGCUCUUUCAAAUUAGUGCAAUAAAGUAAUAAAUAAUUCCCAUGUUUUCUUGUGGCAGAAAUUCAACGCCUUUGGUUUGUUUUGCCGAGACUAUGGUAUUGUACUAUGAAAUGAUCCAAAUGAUCAAGAUGUUCGAAACUACAGAUCGUUUUGUUGAACAAACGCCUCACACGCUUUAUCUAACUUUGGAAACGCUGAACGAUUGAAGUGUUCACUUUUCAGAAAAAGCAGAGAAAGCUGUUCGCUUUCUCAGGCAACAUUUUACGUGUGUCCUUGCAUGAUUACCUUUUACUGCCACAGAGUGAAUUAGUAUCAACGCUACAAAAUGAUGUUGUAACAAAAAGGCAACAAACACCAUAAACUUCUUUCAGGUUAACACUUAGAAAGAACUUCAUGCGCCUUCUUGAGGCUUGCUAUAAUUUUCUAGGUUCUUGCUGUGAAGAUUUUUGACUUAUUUCAUUUCAAAGUUCUUGUGGUGAAGAUUUUUGACUUCUUUCGUUUCAAAGUUCUUGCGGGUAAACCACAAAGGGUCCGUUAAAAACACGGCACUUUCACUUCUAGCGGUGGCUUGCAUGUUCUUGCGGCACAGCAACUUCUUACGCCACUUUUUGCCCGUGCCUAAUUUUGGUUCUGUACUGUGUAUACAGCUUUCCUGUUUGGGGACAUGCAUUUUGGAAAGAGAACAUUAAAGACAUAGUAAAAUUAUUGGAAUCAAACGUUUUAACUUGUUGUCUAAAGAUAACGACAGCAGAUUUGUGUAAAAUAGGUCUUAAAAUAUGGGAAUAAAAAAUUUCCCAGUGAGGGUGGGUCCAUGUCCCUCACUCCACUGUCCCCCCCCCUCCCCCCCUGUUAGAAAAGUAUAUAUUUUGCCUUACCAUCCAUAAAUGGUCCCUUACCUGCUGAGCUAAAAUUUAGGGAGAACACUGAACAACUCUUGAACGAAAGGUGUGAUUUUGUAGUUACUGUCUUGAUGUGGUGACAACGGUGCUUAUUUUACUUUGGUUGCUAUAGCUGUAGGGUGCUUUUAAGAGACAGGUCACUUAUUUGGUGACAUGUUGCUUAUUUGAGUAACUUUGCAAUGACUGGAAACAACAGUGUAUUAAGUGGGUUGAGUAUGACCAUUCAGGUGGUGGUUGUUCUGAAUGGGACUGUUGUUGACAGUAACUGAUGUUUCGACAACCUGUGUGGUAGUCAUCGUCAGAGUCAAAGUGAGUUGUAUCACGUCAGUUGAUGGUAUUAAACUCUGGUUAUUAAUCUGAUUAAUUAGUCAAUUUAGUCAUGAUAUUAUCGGUCAUCUGUCAGUAAAGCUGUGAUGUUAUAGGCUAUGAAGACUCAUAAUGUCAUUGGUGCAUUUCGGUCCAUCUAUUGUCACAGUUAAACAGUUUGUACCUUAGCUAUUCAAGCUUACUGGACAUCAGGUCAUUUAUCAGGCCUGUCACUAAGGAGCGGGGGACAGGGAUUUCCCCUGGCUACUUCAUGUAUGAGUAUGACCGCCUUCUACUUUCAUGAAGGAAACAAAACGUAAAUAGAACCAAAACAAAUUCCUAGCCAUUCAGUUCACCACCUUCUAACUGCAUAUACUCGGCAACGUGAAACAUUAGUGACGGCCCUGAUUUGUGACUACAUAAGUUGGUGCUAGUGUAUUACUGUACUUUUUACAAUCAGAAUGAUAUUGCAGUGAUCAAACUUAGCAGAUGAAUCAGAACCCGAAAAUUCUAGGUUUAACUGGGAUUCACUCACUGAUAUUAUUUGUCUUUUGGGAUGGUAAAGCCCAACAAGGCUCUUGUCAUCUACAGUAAAGUCUCUUGCCAAAUUUUCCUCUUCAGGCACAUCACUUGAAGAUAUUGUUAAAUUUUCAAAUGCUGUGAUAGUGAUUUGCAAUGAUUUGUAUUGACAGGGCUAGAGGGCGCAGCUUUCCAGAGCAGACUGCCAUUUGACAAAUUGACAUCACAAGAGGCAACCUGUUUUCCUGAUGUAUCACAAGGUCCCCCUUCCAUUCAGAAACAGUUCUUGUACAUCAGAAAUAGAGUGGUAUGUAAAACUUUUUUGGUUUUAGAUUUAGAAUUUUUUAGGAUUAGAAGAUAAUUUGAAGAUGCUAAUACAUGCAUCAUAAUUUGUAAAUUUUAUUAUCCUCAAGCUUACCCUUCGGAAUAUAAAGAAAGAAAGGUGCCUCAGUGACUUUUCUUUCAUAGGCAUUUUACUUCACUAGGAAAAAAUAACAGGAGAACAUUUUUUGGCUAAUGGAUACUGUUUGUUUGUGGUACAGUUACAACUAUGGAUUGAGAAUCCAAGACAGCAGUUAACUGUGGAACAAGCACUUUCACGCCUGGAGCCACCUAAUAAUAGUAAGUUCAGUGUAAUUACAGUACUCGCGCAUUAAAAGAAAACCAAGUUAAAUUUCACCUUGCAUUUUAAAAAAACUUGCCCUGCAUUAGACUUUGGCUUGCAGUCAGUGUGUCUGCCUGAGGAUAGAGUACAGAAAGUUGAAGAAGGUAAAAGAAGAGACUGGUAGACUUCUUCAUAAGAUACCUCAGAAGCUAAAGGUGGUUAAGUUUUCUCAAAUAUCAUGUUUUCACCUGUAGCUGACUCAUUUUUCUGGAAAGUACUGUACGUUGAUAGACGUAGACAUAGCUAGGGAGUGAUUCCGAUUACAAGCUGCAAUAUCCCAAGUAGGACAGUGUACCUCAAAUCAAAUUUUCAACCUUUUUUUUUUUUUUGAAAAAAGAUUUAACUGGUGAGAUCCAAACCUCUUUCCCUAAUCUUUUGUCUAUAUUUUUGAAGUUGGGAUAAAGUUGUUUUUUUUUGUGAAUGUAGAUGAUCCAAAGCUGGCAGCCAGAGUCCAUGCCUUCCUUGCGAGGUAUGGCUUGAUAAACUUUGGAGUGUACAAGGUUUUGAAAAUGCCUCCACCAGGUAAGUGUUCUAAUAAAUGUAAUUUGAAGUAUUGUUACAUAACUUUUAUACUACUACAUGAGAAAUUUCUGCAAUUUGAUUGGCUUAGAGCAGUGGUAUUUCAGCUUAAUUUGAAAUACCUAAAAGUGAAAAUUACAAACCUUUUGUGGGCAGUAGUAUAAGCAAAUAAUAGCAUGAUUUGUACGUGAUAUUUGGCAUAAAUACCACUCGUGAUAUUUCAAAAUUGUCUCAAAUUUCACUCGCCUAACGGCUCGUGAAAUUACCUAUAACAAUUUCGAAAUAUCACUAGUUGUGUUUAUGCCAAAUAUCACCACAAAUCAUGCUAUUACCUAUACUAAUAGUGUGCCACAUUAGGAGAGCACAACCUAAGCUAAAUAAGGAAGAGGUCUUGGCAGUAGCUUUUAACAGAAAGAAACUAGAUUGUUUGGUAGGUUGGACAAGGUACCAGACACAGAAAUUCUUCAGGAAUUCUUCUAAAAAACUUAGGUGUGUCUGCAUUUCCAAAGAAAAUUAUACGCUUUCUAUUGUCAGAACAACAAAUGAAAUAAUUUUUUGUCUUGUUGAUGAAGCAACAUAGUUCAUGUAAAUAUAAGUUCUUCUUACUUUGUUUUGUUUUGUUUUUUUCUCGUUGUAUUUCCUCUGAUUUUACCUGCUACCUAGAACCUAAAUUAUUCAGGGAGCUAAUAAGAAAACCAACUGGUUCAUUUAGCUUCUUAGCUUGCAUAUUUAUUCUCACAACAUUUAAUAUAUCUUGAACUGUAAUUAAAUUUCCUAGAGUGUAACAUUAACCGUUUACAUCGACAAAAGCAUAAUAAAGAUAAUUUUGAUUAUUGAUAUUAUUGAUUAUUUGUUAUUCACCACCCCAAAGCCCUAUUCAGUUUUUGGUGUUUAACUCCACAUUCAUGAGCUGCGAGGGAGGUGUUCGGAUGUGUUUACCAAAAGAUUCAAAUCCUGCACAGAACAAUAAUAUAAUAUUGGUCAUUUAAUUUAUUAUUACUGUAUAUACGUUUUUUUAAUUCUUGUUGUUUGUGGGUUUUUUGUUUUGUUCUUUUUAGUAAAGAAGGCUCCUAAAGUGAUCGUUGUUGGUUCUGGAAUCUCAGGUCUCACUGCUGCGCGGCAGUUGCAGUCUUUUGGAAUUGAUGUUACAAUAGUUGAAGCCAGGGUAAAUAUUUGUUGUCAGUUUAGAAAUGUUGCAUUUGCACUCUUUGUUCAUGUACAUCACUGUUCUCCCUGGGAAGAAGUUUGAAAAGUCCAGGGGAUAUCUGAUUUAUUUGUUUUUGAAGAGUAAUCAAACAAGGCCGAAUGUACGGCUAGAAGAAUCUGAUUAUUUUCUUGGCUUCUUCAGAAAAACAAAUAUUUAUGAUCACCUCUGAGCUAUAUAUUCAGACUUACUUCAUUGCAAUGAAGUAAUAUUAUUGCAAUCCUGUUUAGAUCCAGCAGGAACAUCAGUCCUUGCUGCAAAAUAAGUUUGCCUUGUAAAACACGCAACAUGUAUAGAUUCUUUUGCGAAAAGUAGAACUACUCUCUACUUUGUGUAACAACUUUUCACAACAUGCACUAACCUGAUUUGUUGCAAGACAGGUUGAUUUGUAGGUGGUAAAACACGUAACAUCGCUAUUCAACUUGUUAUGCAGCAAUGUUGCAAAGCAAGUUACAUGGUUUUGUUGCCUGAUUUAUUUUACCUUUGCUAGCAUCCCUGCUGCGGGUUCUGGGCUUGGGUAAUAAAAAAUGAUUGUAUCACGGAUAGACAGUCUGUUAAUACGCAUGAUUCUUUGUCAUUUACUAAUUUUAAUAACCUGUUUAAUCCUUUUAUCCUUUGAUUAAGAUCCUUGCAAUCUUUUUUAAUGCUGCAGGAGCGUGUUGGUGGAAGGGUGGCAACAUUCCGUAAAGGCCAGUACAUUGCAGAUCUUGGGGCCAUGGUUCUUACUGGACUGGGUGAGUAAUAUAUCUGUUUAGCUUUCAACGCACACAUGAGUCGUGCCAAGCAAUUCCUCCCUGAUAUAUUAGGGCUGUAUUUCAGGAUUUUUGGGAGGGAUUUCAAAGCACAAUUUGGAAAAACCUAUAUUUUUCACAACCCACACUGUCAGUAGUGACUGAUUUCGUUGAACAGGGAUUUCUAUUCAUAAACACACUGAUUUCCCAACACUCAAUUAAGGUUUUACGUGUACAUAUGUAUUUGUGCUUGACUUAGACUAUUCAUCCAUGGAUGCACUUGCCAGCUGAUUACAUUAAUUUUGUCAUUUUGCCACUAAAUUAGUGCCUGACAGCUAACAAGAAAUGACUGAAAAACUCACACAAACCACUAUGAGGACCUGUUUGGCAUCUGUCAAAACAAAACUGUGAACGGAUUUCCCAGAAGAAUUUUCGAUUUUGUCUGAAAAACAAACUCCAAAGUGACUUGCCAAGGGAAAUUUAAAGUAGGCAGUGUUCUUGAAAGAAGUAGAAAUGAUCGCUUUCCAUGAUGCAAGCAUCUUAAUUGAAUGAAAAAUAUCAAAGCAUUCUUCAGGACUCUUAAUCUUGACCUGGCUUAAGUACUAGUUUUUAACCCACUUGUGUAGGUAAUGAAGCACUGCGGAGUUGUGGUUAUGUUUUAUAUUGGCCCUUGUAUUUUUAGGUGGAAAUCCUCUGUCAGUGUUAUCUGAUCAAAUCAACAUGGAGUUGCAUAAGAUAAGGCAAAAGUGUCCUCUUUACGAGACUCAUGGAAAGUCGGUAUGAAUAACUGCUAGCUAUUUUAGCCUCCAGAACACACACACGCACACUUCCCACAGUCCACUGUGUUUACAUAAUAUGUAAAUGAAGAAGCAGUGGAAAAGAAAACAGUCCUUUACUUUCCCAGAGUGGAGUUUUGUUUCAAGUCUCUUUCAUUUCCAAAAUCAGUCUGCUAAAAAUAUACUCGGUUCAAAAUGAUUGCUUUUCAGAAGAUCCUUUGUCUUGAAAUCACAUGAGGGUCUCUCUGACCAUUACACUAUUGAAUGUUGCAUCCCUUUGGGAAAAAGCUUUUUAUCUGAUGCCAUUCUUCCAGCCUCUGCCAGAAGUAUCUACCAUGAAUAUUCCUUUAUAAAUAGUUUUGCAGAGUGAUGUGUAUCUCACAAGAUAUCCACUGCUUCUUUGGUCUUUCUUGGCUGUUGGGAAAGUGUUCCGUGUUGUAAUAAGGCUUUUUCACUAAACCCUUUAAGUCCCAAUAGUGACCAACAACAAUUUUCUCCUAACAAUAUCCAUUCACUGUCAAGAGAUAAAGUUUUGAGAAUUAAUAAAAUGAUCAUUGUAGAGAAAAUUCCAUGAUCUUUUAGCAAAUUCUCUCAACUGAUUCUUAAAGGAGAUGUAUGGAGAUCAGUUGGAGAAUUUGUAUGUAGAUAUUGGGGCUUAAAGGGUUAAUGUUCAUUGCAAUCAACUGACCUCUCUCUUUGAUUUGUUUUGGAUUGGAGUUUUUGUUGUCUGUUAUCUGAGACAGGCAAAAGAGGAAAAAUUUUAACAUUGAAUUAAACUCAUACACUGCACAUUACUUAACAUUUUUAUUUGUACUAAUCUUACUAACGAGUUACGUUAUAGAAGAGCAACCCUUGUCCUACUGAUGAAAGCUGCACCGUCAUGUCAAUUUCUCACAUGAGCUUUAUUAUACUGUAAAAUUCUGAAAAUGAGCCCCUGAAAAUAUGCCCCCUCCCAUUUUGAAACCAAAAAAAAAUUCCUCAAGUCCCUGGUACUCUUUUUUUUUAAAAUUAAGUUCGUUGUUGUGUUUCUAAGAUGAGGACGACUAGUGGACAAGAUUUCCCAAUACUAAGUAGUGUGGGCAUGUUGAAACAAUAUCAUUUUGGUGGGAAAAUGUGAUAGCCAACGUCAUUCUACUAUGAGUUUUUGAGAGAAUGUCAUAACCGCGAAAGCAAGUUAUCAAAUGUUAGAAAUUUUAUCGUUUGGCGAUUGGGGGGUGGGGGGGGGGAGGGCUUUACCUCCUUCAACAGAAAUAAGCAUACUAACUUUUGUGGUGAAGAAAAAGUACAAUGAAGCUCUCUGUUUGGGGUAUCUAUUUUUACAGGAUAGGUGAGAAAACUUAAAAUUAAAAUAAUGUUGUCCUCAUAGUCGUCCUCGUCCUUGAGUGUAAAGCUCUCUAAUACGUUCUGAAGGAUUACCUUGACACAAAUUUGUAGUUACUUUCCAGUAUUCAUUUGUUAAAAUACUGAAACAAAUACAUGUAUUUCCCACCAUUUGCAAACUCAACCCCUCUAUAAUAAGCCCUCGAACAACCUUUGAGCAUAGAAAAAUACCAGGGCUUAUUUUCAGAAUUUUGUAGAUUAAGUAGCACACGAUGAUCAGUAAUGCGUCCAUUUAUACCAAUAACAACUGGUGGAGCUGGUGGUUUAUCAAGUCUGUCGGGCUUGCUAAACCACUUUGAGGUCUAACGUCUGAUGUCAUAAUAACUAGGGAGUUUAAGCAGCCACAAUGUUGAUGGCAACAAGAACGUCAAAAACCAAUAAAAAUAAUAAGCAAACGAACAAAUCUGCAUCUGCCGCACACUUUGUGGUACAUUUCAUUGGCGUCCAUCACACUACCUUGAUGUGAAACUUCGUAAUACAACAUUUUGUAAAGGACGUUGUGAACACACAACGACUCAUGUUCCAUUCUGUUGUUGAACUUGAAUACAAUUCUUAAGAAUUCAACUCCUUCAAAAUUCCACUACAUUCCUUAAAUUGAGUAAUACUACAUAAAUAAGGUUAAGUUUGAAAACAACGCUGAAAAUCGUUUUUUAGUGACGUUUCCUCAACCAUUGUCAUUGUUGUUGCUUAAGCUCCUUGUUGUUUAGACAAGAAAAACACUGUGUCUCUCACUGUGUAUAUUGCCUGGUGACCCUAGAGGUGACCUUAUGAUGGACUCACAUCCCUUUCAGGGGAAGCAGUGGUUCCCUGUGCAACCGUGGGGGAAUCCUGUGGUUUAUGAACAUGCAUGUUUGUAUCUUUUUCUGACAAACUGGCCUAUAGACAGACAGAAAAAUGUCAACAUUCACUAGUUAACAUAACGCUUGAUUUUUUCCUGAAGGGCCCAAUUGAAAAGAAAGCCAACAGCAGACUCUCGGCUGUGAGGGUAGGCUUUCCUUUCCUUGUGGAUUUGAAUAAAACAGUAAAAUUCAUCAUACAUCCCGUCAUUUUAACACAUACGCCUUUGAUGUAUAUGCAUGCUUGAUAUUUGAUCUUAAGGUUAACUUUUUAAAAGUUGUAUAUUUUGAGUCAAUUAAAGCCAUUCACUGUCUAGGCAAGUCCCUGGGUAAAGUCCCUGGGUAACUUCAUUACUGAAUUUGACCUUACAUUUCCUGGCAAUAUAUCUGAAAAUGGGAUUGUUGAAUACUAUAUUACCAUAUUUUACAUCCGGUCCUAAAAAAUGCGUUCUUUGAUUGUGUCAGUUUUCUCUUCUUCUUCUGUAAAUCGAGAAUGGACCUUUAAUUGUGGACAUGAAUAUAAUGCGUGGUUCAGUUCUAUCGUUUACUUAUUGCCAUGCUCUCCUUUGAUGGGAAUUUCCAUUUUUUAGGACACUUGAUUUAAAUUAGCGAAUUUAUUCAUCACAAUAAUAAGAAUAGCUAAUAUUUUGUUUUAAACCCAUCAGAGUUUUGUGUUAAAUACAGGCACUACUCUCAAUCCUUUUGGUGUCCAUGUUGACCCUAAUAGUAUGAUAUAAAAUUUCCACUGUCACCACAUUAUUUUAGUCAUUGCUCAUCUACUUAAUAUAUAUACGUAACUGAACAUCACUUCCUGACAAAUAAUAAUUUUAUGUGCACUUUGAUCUUGAUUAAUUAUAUAACCGGUAACCUUACGACACAAAUUGACAAUUUUUUAACCAUUACUGAUAAAAUUUUAUUUUAAAGGAAAAUAACUAUAUAGUUAAACAAGAUUAAUGGGCAUCCACCAUUUGAAAUUCACCAUAGUGUUCAUGAUAGCUUUCACUUCAUUGCAAAAUUAUGUGGUAAGGUUUUUCACAGAUUUGGUCGUUAGAAUAUUAUUUACAUGCUUUAGACAGCACCACAGGAAAACAUUUCUCAUAAUAAGUACUUUAUAAAAUGUUCACACUUGGGAUUUAAUCCAUACAAUGAAAAUUAGGAAGAAGCAUCAACAAUUUUUGGUCAAAGUGAAGAGCCUUACAAGUUUGGAAUGUAUAACAGUUACCUACACUAUUAAUGACAAUAAUGCUGUUGUUGUUUGUAGGUUCCAAAGGAGAAAGAUGAGAUGGUUGAGCGUGAAUUCAAUAGAUUGCUUGAAGCCACUUCAUUCCUUUCACAUCAACUGGACUUUAACUACAUGCACAGUAAACCAGUUUCAUUGGGACAUGCCCUGGAGCUUGUCAUCAAGUAUGUUCCUACUUCUAUUUUAUUUUAUUUUAUUAUAUUGGUGUAAUGAUAAAUCGAAUUCUCAAUUAAUCGCGAUUAUGACCAUUUGGUUCGAUUCACGAUUCUUUGCUUCCAGGUUUUGAUUUUGCUUCAAUUUUUGCAUACUUUUUCCAGGGUGCCUUCAGUGAGUCAGGGUUGUCAUUAAGAGCCGGGGGCCGGGGAUUUUCCCCGGCUACUAAGAGAGUGUCCCCCGGCUACUUUUAUUGGAAAAUAGAAGAAAAAUAGAACCAUAAGAAAUCUCUAGCCGUUUGAUUCCCCACCUACUUGUUGUAUUUACCCGGCAACUUGAAAUCUUAGCGACAACCCUGGUGAGUUAUUAUAAUUAUUGUAAAAUCAGAAUCCAGAACUCUUUAAAAUGUGUGUUUUUGAUUGACGAGCAAAGACGAUAGCAGUUCGUGCACCAUUUUGUAUUGCCUGGUAAAAAUGCUGUCCUUCAACCACCCCUUGAGAAUUUCCAAAUAAGGCAAACCAUCUUUGUCAGGUUCUCAAACAUGGCGAUGAACCAAGCGACUGUGAAUCCUCCUGUCCCAGUUACUUUUCUCAAAUUGAGGGUUUAGGUUUGCAUGUUGUUAACAUUACACGUUAUGUUAUAACAAUUAAGAAACAUUUACAUAAUUGAAUCGAAAUUAUCGAAAUCGAAAGACAAUAAUUGAAAUCGAAUUGAAUCGCAACGAAUAUGAAUCAUUACACCCCUACUAUUACAUGAUUAAGACAGAAAAAGAAAAGAAAAAAAGAAUGAUAAUAAAUAAAUACUGAAACAAAGAAUAAUAAAUGUGACCUCCAGGAAAACGUAAAUUUACAAUGACACUUUUUUGUUAAAUGGGCAAAAACUCACAGCUGAUGAACGACUUGUAACGGCCUUUUAAAGCAUGUUAACGGUUUGAUUAAUGCUUUUUAAUAUUAAUUUUGAUUGUGAGAUCUGUUUUUGUCAGAUAUUUUGGCAAUUUGUAUAGGUAAUAGCAUGAUUUGUAGUGAUAUUUGGCAUAAAUACCACAAGUGAUAUUUCGAAAUUGUUAUACGGAAUUUCACGAGCCAUUAGGCGAUUGAAAUUGGAGACAAUUUUGAAAUAUCACGAGUGGUAUUUACGCCAAAUAUCACAUACAAAUCAUGCUAUUGUUUGUUUAAAUUAAGCUGAAAUACCACUGCUCUAAGCCAAUCAAAUUGCAGAAAUUUCUCAUGUAGUAGUACAAGGGACUGAAUUUCUGUAGUUACCUUAUCAUUCAGGUUCGUAUGUUGUUAAAUUGAUUUGAUCUUUUGCUAUCAUUUGUUGAUUUUUGAGCUAAUACAGAAAUAAGCUCUUAUGUUCUUUGUGAUUUUAAGUGAUCUCUCUAUCCGUUUGUCUCAAAUCAAUACAUUGUUCAGCUCGAACCUUAAGAAUUAGGUUGAAUGAUGAACAAAACUUAUCGUGGCUCAUGCUUCAAACUUCCAAUCAGCAAACAAAAAUCAAUUCUAAUGACUACUUGUAACGUUUCGAACAUUUUCGAUGCAAAAUUCGAGCAACUUUUCCUAACGCCUUGAACGGUUUUUCUAACGCUUUUAACGGCAGGUUAAAAAAUUCCAACAGUUUUCCAAAUGCUUGUAACGCCUUCCAAAACUGUUUUAACGCUUCUCUAACGGGUUGUAAAACUUUUAGCCAUUAUACGGAAAAAGUAUUUGUGUACGGUUUCCUGGAGAAGGUCACAAAUGCUUAAUUAGGCAGGAAUACCACAACAGCGGUAAGCCAAUUACAGUGGUCCCAGAGCUUAAAAAAUUUGUAAAAACAUAGUAAAUCUGUGCGAUUAAAAAGAACAGUGAAGAUGAACAGACACAUUACGUGAAACAUUACAUGAUGUCUGCGCAAGAAAGUUUGUGUAAGCGUGGGAGAACAGGCAACUUUAAUUUCUGACCAUGUGCAGUUCUCAUUAAGACACUUGCACGUAAUAUUCAGUACGCAAUAAUUUAUUCUGGUGCUGUUUUUUGCUCAAAUGACUUCUAUGAAUAAGUUUGCAUUAUUGCUUUUGUUAUUAAUCAUAGUGUGCACUUUCUUGGGGUGAAAUGAUUCUGCAACAUAAAAAAAACCCAAUAAAUUAAUGUAAGCUGGCAGAUUUGAAAAUUUCAUUUGUUCGGCUUGGGAUUCUUGUUUAUUAAAUUUUGUUGCUUUCAUUUUGUUUAUUUCUAUCAGGAUGCAAGAAAGACAAGUGAAGGAACAGCAGAUCGAACAUGCGAAAAAGAUUCUUAAAAUUCAAGAGCAGCUCAAGUCAACUUUAGCACAGGUAUGCUGACCUCUGUUUCUGGUCCAUAACCAUCAGGACUCAUUAUUAUAAUAGUAACUGUUGUCGUUGUUGUCUCUGACUCUCUUUAGUGGGGUAGUUUCAUCCAAGGGACAGGUUCCAAGCAUGUACGCUGCCUAAAAGAGUUUAUUGUUAUUUUGAUCAUGAAUGUUGGCUGUGAAUGAAGUUGUUACCUCUGCGGUCUGCUAUGAGUCAUUCUCCUGUUGUGUUUCCUGACCUUGUGUGUCAGGCAUCCAUGUUACUGGUCAAAAUUACAUUCAAGUCAAAAUAUUUUAACCUAGGUUGAUUUUAACUUGAACAUAAUUUUGACCUGUAACAUCUAGACUUCCAGUUACAGUUUGAGGUUAUUACAUUAUGUCUGAAGGGAAAAGAAUUUUUCCAUGCCCAUUACCUGUUGAUCAGCCCAAGUAAUGCCUCAUGAAUAUUUGUUUUUUUCGUUAUCCAAUAGGGAUGGUUCCAUUGCUGCCAGAUACUUUUAUGGAAUUCGUUUUAUUUUAUUAUUUUUUAAACUGAUCAUGAUUUUCUGUGAUAUGCAAGAUGGUAAUGUACUGCUUGCAAAUGAAGAAUGAUAAUCUGCAUUCCAUUUUAAUGUUUGCCUUAAGAUGGUUAAAACGAAAGAGAAAGUUACACAGACACACAAAGAAUAUCAAGAUGCACUAAAGAUCAAAGAACCAAGGUAAUAAUCUUUAUCAUAAUCAGCCGCAUAAUCCUCUCAUUUUAGCUUAACGGAUUGUGUUUUGGGUUGGUACUAGCCUUUGUUUGAUUGAAAUACAAUUCAUUAUUUUGAGUAGGAUCAUGUUAUUGUAGCUAAUAAUUAUAUAUAGGGUUUUCUGCUUUGUUUCCAAAAAUUCCAUAUAUAAUAUCUUUAAAUACAUCUUUAAAUAAAGCUCAGUUGCUCUAGCCUCACAUUCCCAUCAAAUGUUUGUCAUGUAACAAUAUCAGUUAACAGUGAAAAACAAAGUGUUAAAGGACUUGUUUUUUAAUGUGUUACAGAGAUAUCACAUCAGAGUUCUUGGUGAAAAGCAAAUUUCGUGACUUGAAUGCUCUUUGUCGAGUAAGUGUUAAAUUUCUUUUGUUUGAUGUGAGUGCUGUAUAUGUUGUGGUUUAAAUAAUAAAUUAUUGUUUAACCAGUAUAAUUUGGUUUUUCGCUGUUACACAUCAUGGUGAUGGCUCAGAGUUAAAGGAAAAUCAAAAAUUAAAGUCUGGUUUCAAUUUUUUUUAAAAGAAAAGUUUAGACUAUUGCCAACUCCUUUGAGUGUCAGUUCAGUAACAAUUAUGUGAGUUGAUGGAACUAAUGGGUACCUACCCUGACCUUACCCAGUUUAGUAACAUGAGGACCAGGUGUGUCAUCUUUGAAAAUGUAUGGACACUUCUUACUUCUUAAAUGAAAUGCUUAAAUCAUACCACAGGGAAUUGCUGACCAGAGAAAUUUAUACCCAAACUGGCAAUCAAAACUAAAAAAACAAAGCAGCAAUGUGCAACCUUCGGUUCACAAAGAAACUUGGUUACUGGACUAACUUUUUAUGUUGUAUUCUUUCACUUGGGCCUAAUUUUUUAAGAAUUUUUGGCUUGUUGAGCAUAAAAUUCUGCCCAAUAUUUCUGGCCUCUAAUCUGGAGUCAAAAUGACUCCUUGCAGUCGCAGAUUUUUUGGCGAAAUUUGCUUAAUUAUUAGUUUAACCCUAAGUGUGUGAGACCUUUAAUAUAACUAGGAAUAUGAUGAGCUUGUCGAGGAGCAACUGCGUAUUGAGGAAAGACUGGAGGAACUAGAAGAUAACCCACCAAGGUAUUUGUAACUUCUCAUUCUCUUACCAUGGAAAUGUAUGUUAAUUACCAGAAACACUUAGUACUGACCAGUAUGUUGUCAUAUUAUCAGCCUGAGAUGUAGAUUGUCAUACAUCACAUCAAUCUUUAUAAUUUGUGCACAUUACACAAUUAUGUAGCUUUAAUACUGCUUAUUCAACCCAUUAAUCACAAUGAAGUUCUGUAAUAAUAUUCUGCCUAAUUUUAGUUACAUUUUUCCUUACCUGCAUGUAUAUGUUACACACACAGCAGUUUUACUGUGGUGUUAUCAAGAAUGCCACCACAGCUGUUUUAAUUUAUAAUUUGUUAUUGAUUAUUUUUUACAGUGACGUUUACUUAUCAUCAAGAGAUCGCCAGAUUCUAGACUGGCAUUUUGCUAAUUUGGAAUUUGCAAAUGCCACCCCUUUGACAGCACUGUCACUUAAGCACUGGGAUCAAGAUGAUGACUUUGAGUUCAAUGGUAGUCACAUGACAGUGCGCAAUGGUUACUCCUGCCUUCCUGCUGCGUUAGCUGAGGGGCUUGACAUUAGGCUCAACACAGCUGUUAGACAUGUCCGCUACAAUAGGACUGGUGAGAAAUAACAAUAAUUUAAUCAGCCUCUUUAUGUGUACUAGGGAGUGUUGUUUUGUCAUGGAUUUUCCAUCAAAUCAUUGGUUCUUCAACAAAUUGUUGUAUAUGAAGAAUUCUUUUGCUGAUAAGUGCUACUAGUGAGCUCGAGCAACCACAAUGACAACGAAGGAAAGGGGACAUUAUUGCAUGACUAACAUUGUCAAACAUAAUUGGAAAUACGGCAAUGUGAUGGUUGCUUUAGUCCCUAAGAUAAUUGUUGUUUCAUCAAUAACGAUUGUUGCAAGUUUGAUUUUACCAGAAAUACCUGUAGAGAGGCUCUUUAAUCACACCAGAGGACAUUUUUAAUAUCUGUGAUGAACGUUUUAGGGGCUGUUGGUCAGUCGAGACAAUGGGCUUGAGACAUAUGGCAUAUUUAAUGCAGUCACCUACAGGACCUACGGAGGGGUUCAGAGCCACCUUAAUUGCUCAAACAUCUGGCAAUUCACAUAUUUCUAGUGUGACAUUAAGCUUGGGGAAAACAAUAAAUUUUAAUGGAUUUAAAUUGAUUUGUUUUUAGGUGUGGAGAUAGUAACUCAGAGCACUAGCAAAUCUUCAAUCACUACAACACAGACUUUUAAAGGAGAUGCUGUGUUGAUAACUCUGCCUCUUGGAGUACUCAAAAGUCAUCCAUCUGGCGUGCAAUUCCAACCUCCCCUCCCAGAGUGGAAAACUGCUGCUAUUCACAGGAUGGGGUUUGGAAAUCUAAACAAGGUUAGAAUGAAUUACUGUGGAACCUCAAGAUAAUGAACCUCUAUAUAACGAAGUCCCCGGGUGUAAUGAACAAAUUUUUUUAAAACCACCGAUAGUAAAUACUGUAGAACCCCGGUAACUUGAACUCUGAAGGGAAACAAAAAACAGUUGGAGUUAGUGGGGAAUUUGAGUUAUUGGGGUAAAUUUCAGAGAAACUGUGAUCAGCGGAAAGGAAAUUUAGUUCGCGUUAGUGGGGAAUUUGAGCUAUCUGAGUUCGGGUUAUUGAGGUUCUACUGUAUGCGAAAAAAAAACCUUGAUUUACGUAACCUUGUAUAGCAAACAAAUCUUGCCAGUCCCUUAGUCCUUUGUUAUAUCGAGGUUACACUGUAAAAUCUAUAAAAUCAGCAAUGUAGCCUACUAGGUUUCUUUGUUUUGUUACUUUUCUGAAUUUUAUUUCUUGUUUGUAAACUUGAGGGCCACAAGGUUAUUAUUAUUAUUAUUGCUAUUAUUAUUAUUAUUAAUAGAAAUCUCUACCGCGUAGUUUCUAUGAAAAUAUUCAACUGCGCCUUACAUAUGAAAUUAAUUAAACGUGGAAAACAAAACCUAAAUUUACAAUGCUUAAAUUCCUAAUUAAAAGCCUUACUAAAUUAAUAAGGAAGUUUUAAUUAGCUUCAAGACUGUUUAGGAUUUUCCUCUUGCUUACCAAGUUGUGGAGCAAGGUGUCAACAACAUAUGUGGAUAGAGUUUGUUGUUGGUUCUCUCCCUUGCUCUGGGAGGUUUUUCUAUCAGUACGCUGGUUUUUCCAAAUUCCAAUUCGACUGGGAAUGGGAGACAAGGAACUACUUCGGGGUGCAAAGAAAGUCAUUUUUACAGCUUGCCAUUUGGCUAGCUGAGGCUAACAUUUACCAGCCCAACCAUCUUUUCAACUAGCCCCCAAAACGUUUUGAUGGGCAGAUUGAUUUCACAGUUCCUCUGUAAUUUGAAUUCCUCAAAAAACUUCACUUGCCCGUCAGGCAAGUUAAUAACAGAAUUCACUAGCCUGAUAGCAAAAUCCACUAGCCCCAGGCUAUUGGGCAGUACUUUCAUUGCAGGCUGUACUUUGUUGAUGUGCUACCUCUAAAUCGUUAUUUGUUUAUAAAUAUAUUUUGUUUAUGCCAACUUUCUAAAGCAAGUGACGUUGUUUUGUUUACUUCAGGUGGUUCUCUGUUUUGAUCGUGUUUUCUGGGAUCCCAACACAAAUCUUUUCGGUCAUGUUGGAAGUACAACAGCAAAUCGUGGAGAGCUUUUCCUCUUCUGGAAUCUUUAUAAGUCACCUGUUCUUAUUGCACUUGUUGCUGGUGAGGCUGCCAAUAAGCUGGAAAAUGUGUCAGAUGAAAUCAUUGUAGGAAGUGCCAUUGCUGUGUUGAAGGGAAUAUUUGGAAGCAGUGCAGUGCCACAGGUUUGUGGUUAAUAGUUUGAUUUGACUCCAAGAUAUAAUGCAAGAUGAAGUUGUUAAAACUUUUGAUCUCUUUCCUUGAAGAAUAAGAUAGUGAGCAAAUGUUGGGGAUAUUUCCAGGAUUGAACUCUGUUACGAAAUUUAAUUUUAAUCACAAAAUUUUGCAAGAGUGCUACAAAAAUUGCGAAACUAACGACUUAGUGUUGCAAAUUGUGCAGUUUUUGCAAGGCCAUCAUGAAAAAUUGUUAAUUACAACUGAUCAGUCACGAUUUAAGUUCUGAAAAUCAAUCAAGGAACGAAUUUUGGAACACGCAAAAAGCCGUGUAAAUUUCAUAGAAGAGUUUAGUAUGAAAUGUCAUACAUCUCCACCCCCUAACCCAUGGGGGUGCAGGAGAGAGAGAUUUCUGAAUUGCGAGCGUUAUAAUGUUGUCCGGUGAUGUCAUCUACUUUUGCGAAUACAGUAGGUAUUUUCUGAUUGGCUAUUACCUUUCCAAAAUAAAUAACUUUUUAUUUAAAACGCACUAAGGGAAACAUCGGGUUUGAAAUAGUGUUGACAGGCUAAGUGAGACUAAUGACUGCUGUGUGAAACGUGACCUUAGAGUUAGGGUCUCUCCACAAAGUGAAGACUUAUACCAUAGUAGCAACUGACGAGGCACCUUUUAAUUCCAAAAUUGCAGUCUUGCUCUAGGCAAUUGUAACACAAAGUACACUACCAGUACAGUUGCAUAGACUAUUAAGCUAAAACAAAAGUAAUUGCCAACAGAGGAACUGUGGGACAUCACGGUGCAGAUCACAGUAAAUAAUUACUCUAAAUGCAUGAAACAGACCCGCUUCAUGACCUCCAAAUGUUAGACUCAGGGCGGCCAAAAAUUGCUCAGUCAGAAUUUAAAAUACUCCAUAAUACUGCAUGAUCGUAAUCAUAGUAUUAAUUUUUGUCCACAGCCUAAGGAGACAGUGGUAACUAGGUGGAAGUCAGAUGAAUGGUCACGGGGUUCAUACUCAUAUGUGGCAGCUGGCUCUUCAGGAAAUGACUAUGAUUUAAUGGCUUCCCCAGUAGCCCCACCCCUAGUAACAGGAAUGGCACCAGGAACCCCCUCCCCACCCAACCCCCCAAGGGUUUUCUUUGCUGGAGAACACACAAUCAGGAACUAUCCUGCUACAGUUCAUGGCGCCCUACUGAGUGGUUUAAGGGAGGCUGGAAGAAUUGCUGACCAGUUUUUAGGACUUCCUUAUGAAGUAAAUAGAGUGGGGCAGGCUCCAAUGACGCAAGGUUGAAACUAAGAGGCAAGCUUUUCCUAUUUCAAGAAAGCAACAUGGAAGGAGCCAGUUUCAGGCUGGAGACUGGUUAGAGCUGCUUAUUCAAAAUAGACUUUAUUAAAACCACUAGCAUGCUAAAAACCUUACAGUGUAGAGGGGAAUCUUUGUUGGUGUCCCCAUUAUUUUAAAAUAUUUCCUCAUUAAGCAUGGAAUAGAGAACAGAACUGGUACUGGCUGGCAGUCUCCAUUUAUGUACAUUUAUACUCGUCUGAUUUGUGGAAUAUUCUAUUGUCGUUAUAUUUUGGGUCAUUUCUAUAAAACAAACUGAAUGUGAGAUAUAAAGCUUAAAGAUUAUGAGAAAGCUCACGGGCUGUUUCUGACUAGCUUCUUACUAGUGCUAAUUAUCAACGAAACAAAAAGAUCGACAGACUUAGCGGCUUGUAUGCUUUGGCUUUUGAAAGCCUUGACUACUUCAGCCAUACAUGGUUGUUGUAAGUUAACAUACUUCCAUGAGUUGACCUUGUCAAUUUUUUGUGUGUUUAGAGCAUUUUAUAGAAGGAUUAAAGUAACUUUGUUUUCUUGAAGUGAAAGAAAUUAACCCCUCUAUGUAGGACGUAAAUAUUGCUUUUUCUUGAUACUAAAUUUUAAACACCAGCUUUCUUUCAGAAGUUUAUUUGGACAUGCUGGGUCUCAUUAGCCUGUUUUUGUGCCUGAAAUAGAUCAACAUUUAUUAUAUUCCAAUCCAAGACCUUCAACUCACCGUACCUUUUUUCUUGUUCUUGACUCUUGUGAAUAGUAUGAAAUUAUCAAUGAUUAUGGUCAGAUGUUGCAAAAAAAUGUGUUGAUGAUGCAUGUAUAGUCACAGAUGUUCUUUAUUGGUUAGAGUUACACAGGAGAGACGUCCAUACAAAAAUAGUUAUUUAAGGAUACACUUUGUUUUCUCACAUCAUUCAUUUCCACGAACAUUUUCAGUAUCAAAUACAGUUAGGUUUGUACCUUCUUUUAACACUGUUCCAACAAAAUGGUUAUGUUGGUCAUUAGGGCUAUAAGGCUGAUAUAUUAUAGCAUUUUUGUUUUCUGUCUUUUCUGCUCUUUUUU